UGGUGGCAACCGUACCGAGUAAAGUUUGUCGCACCGCAACGAUUGAUUUUUCGAUGAGCUAAAGCUGGUUGUUGUGGCAGCAUUCAAACAAAGGUGCGCUGCCUGUUGACUUGGACGGUUGAAUAGCUCGUAGUUUUAGUUUUGAUAUCAUCGGUAUCCUUGUGUUUCGGCCGUAGUAGCCUCACUAACAGACCAACAAUUUAGUCGUUUCGAGCUUGAACGCAGCAACCUUAUUUUUUUCAGUAAUUUCAAGUAACUACGAAAAUUAUUUUAGAAAUCGCAGGGACUUAAAGGAUUAUAUACGUCAUGUGGAAGAAUGCUAUUUCCAUGCUCCUGCUUCUCAGCAGCGCUGCUGCCAUGGGGCUGUUCCAGUCUAUGCUCACUGACGUGGCGAUCAGCAAUCCAACGGCCAGCACAACAUCCACCAUAUGUGAGUGCAAGAUGAGGUGCUUCGUGCAAGUGUCGUGCAAAGCUACGACGUACAACUUUAGCACGUCGAAGUGUACUUCCUCUUCGCUACCUCAUCCAUCCGACGUGAAAUUGACCUUCCCGCAGCCUGACGUUGUGACGUUUUUCAAGUACAAAAUCGAGCCCUACCUGCUGCUGAGUCAGUCCACCUAUGACUUCACCCUGGAGUCCCAAAAGUCUUUGUGUUCACGAGAAGGAGGUGUUCCUGCCUCCAACAUGUCGCCUAGCCUGUACAAGAUGGCCGUAGCUCUUCUCCAGACUGCAGCUGGUGGCGAAUGGCUGUCUGACCGCAACUAUGCCCUCACGUCUGCUCAGGACGUCUACAAAAACAAGACGCUGUACUGGCCCAACGGUCAACUCGUUACUGGAGGACCUGUCACGACCCCAACUUUAUUGCAUAAUACACAAGAAUAUUAUUAUUGCCAACCUGGCAAUGAAGUUGCUGCUGCUCUCGACCAAUACGGAAACUUCAACUUUUUCCCCAUCAAGUGUUUUUAUUAUUAUUAUUUGCCCGUCAUCUGCCUCAAGUACGUAAUAGUGUGAUGCGUCCCUUCAACGAAAAUGGAUGGCAUCAGGGCACUUCUUAACACGUUUCGUCCCACAAGUUUCAAUAAUAUAAGAAGAUAUACUUAAUGUCGUCUGCUUUGAUAACGCUCUGUUUAGGCUGUCACAGAUUCAUAACCAAUUAUAGCCUAAUUGCCGCUUUCGACCAAAGUUUGCUUCACUCGUUGUGAGUUUCGAAUCUCCAACUUGCUGCUCCAAUAUUGGUGAUCUUAACCAUUCCAUAACUCUUGUCUUUAUCGACUAUAUAGAAUUUUCGCUACUUGUUGCGGGAUUCGAACCUCCAACUCGCUGCUCUAAUUUGGGUCCUCUUAACCACUCGACAAGCCCGAGUACUCACAUAUAGCUAAAUGUUGCCAAGAUAUGGUUUAUCUAGAUAGCAUAGUAUGACUAUUUCUUCCUUGCGCACUCAUGUGAAUUCCAUCAAACUCAUACUAUAAUCUCAUAAAUAUAUAUGCAUGCCAUAAUAUCAGCAACUAUAUAAACCUAAAACUGGCAAACAAAAAAAUCCCAUCAGAGCAGCGAGAAUCUGCAAUAAUGAUAACCUUAGAUCUUCACUAACUACAAUCAACUAAUCUUCACAUACGAUAACUCAAGAUCUUCAUACACUAACGAUAGCGAAAGAUCUUCACUUUGCAUGAAGUUAGUGAAGAUCUUUUGCUAUCGUUAGUGCAUGAAGAUCUUCACUAACUAAACAAUCAAUUAAUCUUCACUAACGAUAACUUAAGAUCUUCACUAUAACUACAAGCUAUUAAUCUUCACUAACGAUAACUUAAGAUCUUCACUAACUACAAGCUAUUAAUUUUCACUAACGAUAACUUAUGAUCUUCACUAA